AUGAUGGAUGAUAAUGACUUGGGCUUCUUUGCCAAUUUCCUUGGCAUCAUGAUAGUUGUCCUGGUAAUUGCUUACCACUAUGUAAUGGCGGAUCCCAAGUACGACACAAGCUGAUGCCCGAUCGCAUUUCAAGAUUUUGCCUAUGGAAGGAUCAAUAUGGUUGUUUAGAACUGAGAUUCUUACUCAAUCACUGUAGGGUUCACUGGCUUCAAGACAAUGAUUCAUUCUGAUAUACCUUAUCAUGUAGUGCUUUUGGUUCCAACUGUUUGACGGUAGAUUGUAAAGCAGUUAUUUUUACUUGCA